CUUUGUUACUGAUGCAGAACUUAUGAUCACUUGUAUGAAGAUGGAUAUGAAAGUUUCUUUUCUAAUCUAGUUUUUAUUUGGCGUCUUCAAAUAUGAAAGUGAUGAAUGAUGUAUCUAUUCUUAGUCUCAGCUUUUGCAAUACUAACUUGUGUAGUUUUGAUUCUCUUUCUGAAGUUUUCAUCUGAUAAACAACAUCAGCAACAACAGUCCAAUGAGAUCAAGAUAGAUGCAGUAACCUUUUUAAGAUCAGUGAGAAGUACUAAGCCGUUUCCCAUAAGUUCAGCAUUAGGUUGGAAGGUAUACUGUUUGUGUACUGAUACUAGAAUAUGGAGAAGAAAUAUUAUUGUAGACAAUGGUGGCAACAGGAUUCAGAUACUUGGAUGUUAUGUUAAACUACCAGCUCCAGUUCAGGUGGUUAGUAAGAUCUUCAAGGAUGUAACUCAGUUUGUUGAAUGGCGUCCUGGAGUUGAGUCUACAAGUACCUGUGUAAAUGGCUCAUCCAAAGAGUAUAGGAACGUGUCACAUGACCUCAUCAACAUUGUUACAGCCAAUCAGAAACUCAGUAAAUACUCUGUUGUGGUGGAACAACAAAAUAUUGAAAGGUUUUGGAAAAGAGAAGAUAAUGGUUGUUUUUGGUUGUUAGAAUCCAGUGAUAGAGGAUUACUGCUUUACAUUCUACAACCUGUCCAAGAUGUAGACAGUUGUUGUUUGACCAUUGUGAGUCAUUUUACAUUCCCUGUCACUCUACAAGACAGUGCUGCCACCAUUUCUAGUUAUGCUCAGUCAAUAAAAGAUUAUAUGAUCUACCGGAAGAUGAAAGUGACCCCAUUAUUGAACUUUCACAUUCCUCAAAACAUGGCAGUGAUUGGUGCCAAAGAAGCUGUUGUCAUAUCCACUGGAAUGGAUGAUCUCUUAGAUUCUUCUACUUAUUCCACCAGUGAUGAUGAAAAUUCUGAUUCUUUCUAUAAAAAAUUUGAAGGUCUGCAUCCAAGAGAAAAACACAAAAUUUUAGAAAAAUCUAAUUUCAUUCUUCACGUUAAAUCGCACGACCAAAGACUUAGAUCUCAAUCUGACACAAAUACCGGUGAUGAUAAAACUAAUAUCGUAAAACAAAGAUCUUCAACUCUUCCUAAAGAUGCAAAAUCCUGUAAAGCAGAUCAACACAAAUCUUCUACCAAGUCUUUAAGUUUGGAAAGGAAAGUUCACAAUGAGAAAAUAGAUCUUGAUAGUUCUAAGAGUAGUGUGGAUGAUAAUGUUUUUAUUGAUGAUUCUGCAAAAAAUGUGAGAAAUACUCAAAAUGACAGUCAAAUCUCGCCAAAAUCUGACAAUACUCCAAGUACUGUUAUACCUCUAAACUUGCCUACACAAAAUGGUGCUCUUAAUACUCGCAAUAAUGUGCCUUCGCCUCACAAAGAAAGCAGCUCAAAACUUCCUCACAUAAUGGAGAAAGGGCCUUCAGAUGAUUCUAUAAUUACACAGAAUAAAAACCAAGGUGCUGAACAAUAUAAUGGUGCUAAGAAAGAGAGAGUUUCUGGUAUGGAUUCUGAUCAUCAGAAUAUGACUGAAGACCAGAAAGUCAAAUCACAAACACAGAAGCUAUCUUCCCCUGAUGAUAUUAGAUAUAUCACCCUUGCCAACCAAAGUGCUGCUGAUCUUCUGGUAGAGUAUUUCCAAGUGUCAAAUAUUGAUUUGAAGAAACCUGUGAGUCAGCAGACGGCAAUUUCUGGGGGAUGGGGGUUCUGUGGAUUAGAGAAUGAUGUUGUCAUACUGAAGAAGACACCAGCUGAUGGUAGCAAUAUAUUCAGUUACAUGGGAAAAGGAUUGAUUCAUGCCUCACCACAAACUGUAUUAGAAACUGUGAAAAAUCCUAGGACUAAAUUUACAUAUGAUGAAACUUUGAAGAAAGUAGAUGUUUUGAAUGAUGUUACUAAAAAGAUCAAAAUAGUUUACUUUUAUCAUGAAGUAAUUAACAUGUUCAAGAAGAGUUGUUAUGACUUCUGCGUCCUACAGACUGAAAGACAAGAUGGGGAUAAGUUUGUUUUGGCUAAUUCCUCCAUAGAGAAUGGGCUACCUAUACCAGUUGGGGUUCAGAGGGCUCAGAUGCUUCCUAGUGGUUGGGUUAUAGAACCAGUACAAAAAGAAAAGAAAAUGUAUUCCAUGGUUACCUAUAUUAUUCAGGUAGAUUUUGGAACAUCCAAAAGCAGUAUGGAUAAACCCCCUGUUGAUGAACUGGUGUCUAAGCAAGCCCUCAGCAUUGCCUUUCUUCGUCAGUUUCUAAAACCAGCAAAAUGGAUAUCACGGCAACAGUCUUAUCCAGUUCCUAGGCAACAGCCAUCUCCAACUCCUAAAAACAAAUCUUCCAAUUCAAAUCAGCAGUCAUCACCUGCAGUAAGGCAGCGUCAGGUUACAGCAUUGUCAAGGACACAGUCAAACCCGGUUACAUAGAAAUCUACAUUACCAUGACAAAUGUUGUCAAGAAUAUACUGAUCAGUUAAUGCUCCAUGACAACCAAUAUGUUUUGAAUGCUUAAGCUUGUUUAAACACACUAUUCACAUUAAGAUAUAGAUGCCUUGUAUCAAUCAACGAAUAAUGUAACAUAUGCCUUAAUGAAGUCAAUUGCUUGGCAUUUGUUUAAUAUCCAAAUAUAUAUUUUUAAUACUGCCUUACACAGUCAAAUAUUUUUUUGGCCAAUUGUAUAAAGGAUAAUUAUACAAAAUAUAUAUAUUCAAUUACUGUAACUUUUAUCAAAACAUUAUGAAAGACAUAACUUUAUGAUUUCUGUCUCACCCUAAUGUAAUUAGACUUCUUUUUGCUGUUUCCACUCAGUUAUGCUCCACUGAUCUUUGCAUCUUUGUAUUAUUUACAUGUUCAAGUUUUGCCUUUUAUAUUAACAUAUUUGCAUUAUAUUAUUAAUAUUACAUACAGGUGAGACAUAUCUCAGUGCAACAGUUUAUUCUAUAUGAAUAAAAAAAAUCAUAAUUUAAAAAAUAAAAUAAAAAGUUGAAAAGUUGAUUACGUCUAAUCUCAUUUGUAUCCAUUUUAAUUCAUGAAUAUUAUGAUUUGUUCCUCUUCGGCUUGAAUAUUUGAAGAUGGUGUGAGAUGUUUUUCUUUAUUGCUCUUUCAUUUUGUCGUCAGUUUCAAGUAACUGAACCUCUAUAUCAAAGUCUAGGUAAAUUUGUUCUCCCAUGGUUUUUGAUAUAUUUCAUUGUGUGUCCUCUGUAAUUUAAAAAAAAGAAAAAUAA